GACGUGGGGACGUGGGGUCUUGGAAAUUUUAACUGUUACGCCAAGUGGACGGGAUUUGCCUGCUUUGCGUGGCACGCAGUCUAGUGAUCUUUUUUUCAUUGCGUUGCAUAGAUUCGGACGUCGCUUAGCUGCUAAGAUGGAUCCCCACUCAUCUGCUGGUCUUUGGACAUUGUUUUAUUUUGUAUUUUCACUGUGUGAAAUUUUCCCACCCACUGAGUUCAUAUCAGCUGGGUUGACAGCAGAGAAGCUCUUUGCUUCAUAUUUUGGCUCUGAGCACAUCAAUUUUAUUAGCUACCAUAUGAAGAGAACAACAUGCAACAUUGUGUCACAUUUGUGCCUUCCCUUGGGAUACUUCAUUGGCCUCUGGUGGAUGGCAGACACAACCAAGCUGCUUGGCAACUGGGCCCAUCUGGCCAUAGGCAUUAGCCUUCUGAUGGCUCUGAUUGGCAUGUUGAGGUGGUUUGGUUGGCUGCACAGCAACUUCGAAUCCCACCCACUGGCCAGGGUGCUCACCAGUUACAGUGAUACAGGCAUCUGGGAGGAGGUGGCAGCUGAUAUCAACAGGGAGUUCAGAAGCGUGGACAAGUUCGCGACCGAUGCUGUAGCCGCCCAUCGGGUCAUUAUCACCGACAACUGGCUGGUGAAGCUGACCCCGUACGCCGUGCACGUGAUCCACGUGGACCAUGUGUACCUGGACCUGGAGUCCAGCUCGGAGCCGCACGUGCUCAGCGAGCGCACGUUUCAGACCGUCACGUGUCGUGUGGUCAGCAUGAAGCCGACCAUACCGGACUUCGUCAUCAGGGUGACCUCUGACCAGCUGCCGGAGGUGCGUCACCGGCUGGGCCGGCGCGUGCGCAACUUCCGCAACAUCGUCAUCCACCAAACGCUCACCGAACGCUUCGUCGACGCCUUCCGCAAGGUCGUGGACGAGAACCUGCCCGUGGUCGUCACAGAGGAUCUGGAGCUGUGCGUGGGGUGCGGCGAGACGGCUGCCGGCGUGCGGCUGGUGCGCCAGUGCGGCAUGCUCGGCCGCGACAACCCCUGCCGCGAGUGCAACUGUCGACCCAUGUGGUGUCUCGACUGCUUCGCCAAGUGGUUCGCCUCCCGCCAGGACCAGGACAGCCCGGAGACCUGGCUGGCCUCCAAGUGCCCCUGCCCCACCUGCCGCUCCACGUUCUGCGUGCUCGAUGUCCGUCGUGUCCUGCCCGCCGACCGAUGACGCCACCGGCGGUCAAUGACGUCAGCGGCGGCCGUGACGUCACGGGACCCUUCGCCGCCCGCGCCACGCACCGGCGUGAGCUGACCUUUGCAAGUGUGGGCAACGCCAGGCGAUAGCGCUACGUCACCGCGGUUGCUGUGAGCAGGUAAAGGUCGGCGUUUGACAAGCUUAACAUGUGAUGCGAUAAGGUCAUAUCGGGCGAUGCGCCGCGACCGAAUUACGAUAGCCUUUUGGCAAGCCAGUGUUUUUGGUCGCUAGAUUUGUUACGCGCGUGAAUGCAUUAUACUGUUUUUGCUGCUUAUUCACAGGGGUCCUGAGCCCGUGGGGCGGGAAGGUAUCCCCCAACCAGCUUUCUGAAGCCUUAGCAUUGGCUCUAUGGGCGUUGACUGGAAAUAAACAACAAAAAUCGCUAUCGCUCCCCCUCUCCAACUUGCGAAAACUUUCCGUGUCCCUACAUAGGAGUGGCUUUCAAACAUGAAGAAUACAAAGUCAGCAGUAAUAGGCCACGCGCGUUCUAGGUUUUACCAGAUUGGCGUCGCUCUAGCUUGUACGCAAACUGUGGGCAAGGCAUGUGGUUGUGACGAAACAUAAUAAAAGUGGAAAUAAACUUCUGAAAUA